GCGGAUGCGGAAUGACUAGCAGUACGAGACAACAACUCACGGCGUUCGGAGAUUUCCUCGAGGUGCGAUCGGCGGAAUACGUGCACACACAUUUUUAACGUUUCAGGAGCGGAGUCCCGCCGGUACACGCCGGAAAUGCGCGUAAUAAAAUUCACGCUAUCCACCGGACUUGUGCACUUAGUCCGAAAUUUCGCAGUUGCAGCAACAGCGAUGAGCGGAAACAAAGAUUACAAGUCGGCCACGUCCAUUUACGAUUUCACGGCGAAUUCUAUCAAAGGGGAGGAGAUACCAUUGUCCAAAUACAAAGGCCACGUGUGCUUGAUCGUGAAUGUUGCUUCGAAAUGCGGUCUCACGGCGACGAAUUACAAGGAACUGAACGAAUUAUACGACGAAUACGCUGAAUCCAAAGGACUACGAAUUCUGGCAUUUCCCUGCAACCAGUUCAACGGACAAGAACCAGGCAACAGCGAGGAGAUUUGCAGUUUCGCCGAUCGUCAGAAAGUAAAAUUUGACUUGUUCGAGAAAAUUGACGUAAACGGAGAUAACACGCAUCCGCUGUGGGCGUAUCUGAAGAAAGAACAGGGCGGCAUAUUGGGUAGCUUUAUAAAAUGGAACUUUACCAAAUUUAUCGUGGAUAAAGAGGGCAAGGUCGUUGAACGUCACGGUCCUAAUGUGGAUCCGCACAAGCUAAAAGGAUCCCUCGAGAAAUACUUUUAAAUCACUUCUUAAGUCACUUUUCCCGUUUUUCUUUAUAUACAUUUUUCUAAAAUUAAUAUAUAAUUGUGCGCAUAGUUUUUCGUACAUGGGUAAUGUGACUGUGUGAGUACAUAAAUAAAUGGUUAGACGCUGUUGUUUCAUUGUAUUAAAUCACUUAAUUUGAUAGAUUGAUCUCUGUUAAUUUCAAUGUCUUGAAGCAAAAAUUUCACAUCAGCGUCAACAAUGUUCUACUAAUAUUUAUUUUAAUUCUGAUACGUAUGUUGCUUUUGCAGUCAUGAAGGCACUAAUUGUAAGAUGUAUAAGUGAUGGCGAAGCCACACGCAGAAGUAUCUUGUAUAUCUACUUUGCAUCACACACGCAGAAAUUUGUUCUACUACAAUGGUAGAAGAAAAAAUAAAUCUGUUUAUCAGGUGAA